GUUUUUUCAGCAAUUAGUGGCCGCACUAUUGGCAACUAUGGCCCGGCCAUCACAAAAAUAUUGCAUUACAAAACAUGGCCGAGCAAUCUAUGGCCGAGCCAUGUGUUGCGAUAUGUCUGCAAUAGUAUUGCGCAUGAUGCAGACUCCUAAACGAGCCACACAAACCGGCAACAAUGGCUGACGAAAUCACAAUCGUCGCAGCAGCCUAUAUCGUUUUAAGAGAAAAAUCAAAAAAGAAAAAGCGGAGAAUGUGGAUUCGACCUUACUUCAAUAGGCGUGAAACAGUAGACAAUUUAUGUCAAGAAUUAAUGCUUGAUAAAAAAUUAUUUGACAACUUUUCUAGAAUGUCAAAGAGUGACUUCGAGUAUAUUUUAAAUAAAAUCGGACCGAAAAUAAAAAGAAAUGAUACAAACAUGAGGAACGCAAUACCGGUUACCACAAGAUUAGCGAUAACUCUACGUUAUUUGGCAACUGGAGAUUCAUUUAAAAGCUUGAUGUAUCUAUUCAGAGUGUCAGAUGCUUCGAUUUCUGUUAUAGUUCCAGAGGUUAGUGCAGCUUUGAUAGAAGGAUUAAAAGAAUACAUCAAGAUGCCGUCAAGAACAGAAGAGUGGAAGCAAGUUGCGAAAGAUUUCGAGGAUCGUUGGAAUUUUCCUCACUGUUUGGGUGCAAUGGAUGGCAAACACAUCGCAAUUAUCUGUCCACCGAACAGUGGGAGUCAAUAUUAUAAUUAUAAACAGUUUUUUAGUAUAGUGCUGUUUGCUGUAACAGAUGCACGUUACAAUUUUUUGUAUGUACAUGCAGGUGUUCAAGGAAGUAUAUCUGAUGGGGGAGUUUUUAGACAUACAGCUUUUGGGAAAGCACUCCUGAGUCAAACUCUUAACAUACCACAUCCUAAAUCCCUCCCGGGCCGUGAAAUGUUAACACCAUAUGUUUUCCUGGCAGAUGAUGCAUUUCCACUAACGGAGAAUAUUUGCAAGCCCUAUACGUUAGAUUUGAACAUAGGGUCUCCUAAACGUGUAUGUAACUAUAGAAUAUCUAGAGCACGCCGUAUAGUUGAAAACUCUUUUGGAAUCUUGGCUUCAGUUUUCCGGAUUUUACACACAACUAUUGAUGUUGAAUUAAAAUAUGUACAAGAUAUAGUUAUGGCCUGUGCAUAUCUACAUAAUUUUUUGCGACGAAAUACAAGAUCACGAUCUGUAUAUUCACCACCUGGGACCUUUGAUUGUGAAGAUAUUGAUGUUGGUAAAGUAAUACCAGGUACAUGGAGAGAUGAUGAACAAAGAUUAACAGAUUUAAGAAUAUUGGGAAGGAAUGCAACCACAAGGGCAAAAGCUGUGAGAGACGAAUUUAUGCACUAUUUUAUGACACAGCAGGGGCGGGUAGCAUGGCAAGAUAAAUAUUUAACUAGUAGAGGAUCAAGAUAAAAAUAUUCUGAAGGAACUAAGUAGUUCACGUUAUCCAUUAUGAUACAUACCUACUUACAUUAUAGUUAAAUAUUUUCUUACAUUAUAAAUGUCAUAAAUACUUAA